UGUUAGUGUGAACAAAACCAUUGACAAUGUGUGAGUUUAUAAUUAAAAUGGCGAAUUGAGAACUGUAUUCUUGAGUGUUUUGUAAUAAUUCUCUGAAAUAUUGAUAUAGGACUUGAAAAAGUCGUUUUUAUUGACAGUGUUACAUAUUGAGCUAACUUUAACAUGCGUUCAGUAGUAGAAAUUGGGGCUAGUGUGCCUGCUUUUCUAGGAAAAUUAUGGAAACUGGUGAAUGAUACGGAGACGAAUCAUCUGAUUUCUUGGAGCCCUGGUGGGAAAACAUUUGUUAUAAAAAAUCAGGCAGAUUUUGCAAGGGAGCUCCUCCCUUUGUACUACAAACAUAAUAACAUGGCAAGCUUCAUUAGGCAAUUGAAUAUGUACGGAUUUCACAAAAUUACUUCUGUGGAGAAUGGUGGCUUGCGAUAUGAAAAAGAUGAAAUUGAAUUUUCUCACCCUUGCUUCAUGAAAGGUCAUGCUUAUUUAUUGGAACACAUUAAAAGGAAAAUUGCCAACCCAAAGUCACUUGUUGCUAGCAAUGAAAAUGGUGAGAAAGUUCUUAUGAAGCCAGAGCUUAUGAACAAAGUGCUAUCUGAUGUGAAACAGAUGAAAGGCAAACAAGAGUCUCUUGAUGCUAAAUUCAGUGCUAUGAAGCAGGAAAAUGAAGCACUUUGGAGGGAAGUGGCAAUUUUGAGGCAAAAACACAUUAAACAGCAGCAAAUUGUAAACAAUCUUAUCCAAUUCCUGAUGUCACUUGUACAACCACCUAGGACAUCUCCUCAAACUAAGAAUGCUUGUGGUGUAAAGAGGCCCUACCAGUUGAUGAUAAACAAUGCUGCACAUAAUUCUGCAACAGAUGCUUCUUACCCUGGAAAGUUAAAGAACUUGAAGCUAGAUAAAGAAAGUAUAAUGGAUGAAUUGAGUGAAGAUAAUCCAGAGGAUGGACCCACUAUUCAUGAAUUGGCACAUGAUGACAUGUUACAUAAUGAUGGCACCCAAGAAUCAUUAAAUGAAUCUGAUUUUAUUACUGUUGACAUGCCUAAUAUGUCCAAUGCCAUGAAUAGUCACAGCCCCACUGAUCCCUCAACAUCCAUUUAUCAUGUUACAAUGGAAGAUGGGGAUGAUGCGGAUGCAGGAGUGACCCGAUUAGUAUAUCCAGUGACUCCCACUAAUGGUAUGCAGAGGGCAAAUGACAAUAUGCCCAUCAUAACAUCAGCUUCACCAACCCCAGUCACUCCAGUAAUGAACCAACCAGUAGCAGUUGAACCAGCUGUGAACAAUGUGAUGGGUUCACCACGAGUUGUUGUUAAAAUUGAAGGACAAAUGCCAUCCAAGUCAAAAGGCCGCAACCAAUCUGUUAACAAGGGUGCUACGACAUCAACUGGAAAAUCUCUUCUUACUGGAAAUUACAACUCAUUGAACCCAUCAGCUGAUCUGAAACUACCAGCAGAGAUAUUUGCAAGUGAUGAUUCUGUUAGUGAUGCUGGGGUUACUGCUGCUGAUGACAUAAGCAUGCAGAAUGCAUUGCAAGAUCUCGUGGAUGAGUCUCUUUUACCAGCUUCUAAAGACAAAAUGCUGGGUGGUAUAAACAUCAAGAUAGAAGGGGCUGGAGAAACAUCAAAGUCUAACAAAAAGUCAAAGAAGAGCACCACCAAAAGUAAUGAGAACACACUGAAUCUGGCUGACAUCAAAACCGAACUCCAGGAUGAUUUUGAUUGGAACAACAUGACACUAGCUACUGUGAACAACAAUACUAACAAAUUCCAAACAAGGAAUAGGAGAGAUAACCUCAGCAAAAAUCGGGAGGAAUAUUCUUCCCUCUAUGGAACAAAUUCAAACAAGAAUGAUAUUGAUGACCAUUUGGAUGCAAUGCAGACAGACCUUGAAUCUUUGAGAGAGUUGCUGCGAAGCGAUAGCUAUACAUUUGACACCAACACAUUAUUGGGGACUCCAGAUGCAAGAGUAUUACCUUCGAUGUCUCUCGCUAUUCCUUCCUGUCAGCCCACAACAAAUAAUUAUCUAUUUGGUUCCGAUGAUCCAUUCUACGGGCUGCCAUAUAACUCGAUGGAGGACAGGGCGAAACCUACUAACAAUGCAAAGAAGCAGAAAGGUGAGAUAUCAAAUGUAAGCAGUGACGACUCUCGCGUCCCGCACCUGUUUACUGAGGAUAAUGUUGAAGGCAAUCAGCUAAUCUCGUAUACAGGGAAUAUUCCAGACUUUGAGGAUAUAAACAUGCCAGAUCUGGAGUGCGAUAACUCUCAGGAUCCGUGCGUGUCGCCCACUCCCAGCAGCUCGACGCUGAACACGCCACAGAUGCAGGUUCGUUCGCCUUCCUUUUCUCUGAAACCAUGAGGAAAGCCUAAAAAGCGACGGCACAAGAAGAAGCGCUCGUCUAGCAAGUGAACGUUUAGUACAUCACUUUGAUAAUACUUCGCGUGGACUGAGUUCGAUAACUGAUUAGUGUAGUCUAAACAUGUAACUGAGGAAGAAAACAUAACAAGUAAUUUAUAAAAUUACUCUUAUUCCAAUAUUUGUUGAUUGGCUUGUCAAACGUAACAAACUCAUAAUUUGCUGUAUCUUUAUUUAAAACUUUAACCAAUGAUUUCCAUUAACAAUUUUAUAUUAAUGACAUGAAUGCUUGUUUUAAUUUUUCGAGAAAUGUUUCUAAUGCAAAAUUUAACCAAAAUGUAGGUAGGUGUAAGUUUUUUGUUUUGUCUAUGUAAUAUUUUCCACCCAGUGCAAUAAGGAGUUGCGAGCAAAAGCUAUUAUUACAUGUAGCCGCAUAUUUAUUAAGGUAUCGAGCUUUGAAGUCUUAUUUGUUUUGUCGCAAAUGAUAUCAGUGUAAUUAAUUAUCACAGUACAUACAAAUAUAUUUUUUAUAAACAUUGACUAAUGAGAAACUUGUGAUUACUUAUGUAAGCUCGCAUGUUGAACAAUAAAUUAAAUAAUUUGUUUUGUUUAUAGUAGAUAAACUUUUAUAUAUGACCACUUUGUAAAGGAAUAGGAUAGUGAUAACAUGUAAGUAUGUUUAUCGAGUGACUGAGGUUCUUUGCACUAUCAAGUAAUUAAUAAGACAAAGUUAAUGGAAGUCAUCCCACAUUAAAAUAUGAAUAUAUAGCACGUGAUUGUCGCUACAAUUGCUUGGUGCCUUAUGAAGGAUAAUAGUUACAGUGAUUUAAAUUGGAAUAUAAACAACAUCGCGACAUGCUAUUAUUCGUAUAGUAUGUGUAGAGCGUACGAUAAGGGUGAUAUAUAUUUUGUUUAACAAAAAAUUACUUAAUGCGAUCUCAGAUGGUGAUAUGGAUGUCCUACAGAAUUGAGGUCAAGGCAUACUGUACUGGCUUCAUUCCAACUCGGCGAUUAAUUCAUUUCAAUUUCACUAUUAGCUUGUAUAUCGGAUAAUUUCAUAACAUCGACGGCGCGCGGUGUAUUCCCUCCUGUUAGUCUUUCUUUUAACUUGCUAUGCAUCAAACAUCUUCUUUAUUAGAGUAUCAAGUGCACUGUAAAGGGAGACAAAUUAUUAAAAACUUCCAAGUCUUAUGUACUAAAUCCUCACGGUAGAUACGGGAACUGGGAAAUUUAGUCUCCCAGGCAAUGUGUCUACUGUUAGCAAAAACCUGAACCAAAGUUGUGUUGUAUUGGAGCUAUGAGUUUAUGGUGUUGGUACAGUAUGCCAGGACCUUUAGGCAUUUAGAGGUGCACUAAAAAGUUAAUCCAACGCUAGUUACUCUCAACUCUUCAAGAGUGUCGUCGUGAGUCGAUAUUACAACUUCGUCAAAUUCUUUAGUGUGCCUCCAUUGGCACUGCUAGCUAAUCACACAAAAUGUGUUUAUUUAUUUUGGUGCAAACGAACCAAUUUUUUGUUUAUAUUGUAUCUAAUUUAAAUAGCAGUAUGACUGCCUUUGUUGAAAUUUGCACAGGGAUAUUUAAAAAAUAUUUACCAAAAUUUAUCUAAAAGAUUUAGGGAUUGAUUCGCUCAUGUAUAAAAUGUUAAUUCGUCAUUGUUGACAGGUUAUAUACUUUGUGUAUAUAAGAUAUAAGUAUAUAAUCAUUAUGAUUAUUAUAAUGUUAUGUAAGUCUUAAUUUUAGAGUGUUAUAUAUUAUUAUAGCCUACGCAAUAUCAUCAGCAAAUUACUAAGUAUUAUAAUGAACUUGCAUUUUCUCAUUUUUGUCACGCUCAGUAACAUGUUUGCAUUGCAUUUCAGCAAACAUACGUUAAAAGUAUGUAUGAUAAAAGCCUGUUUCGAAAAGUUAUAUCAAAAAUUCCUACUCCUACUCCGUCACUGUAACUAAACCGCUUUACAUAUGAAUAAGUAAAUGCUACUUAGGGUGUACACUGCAGAACUACAUAUAUUUACAAAAUAAUUUUAUUAUAGAACUGGUAUAUACAACCACAAUAGAUUUAGCAAUUAUUUUUAACUACAGCCAUUGUAUUAUAACAUUAAAAUAUGUUUAUGAACAAAGUUUGGUAAGAUUAAGGUAAAUCAAGUAUGUAAGAAUACAUUAUCUAUGUUUAAUAUAAGUUAUUUUUAAAUUCAAUGUAAUAAAAUAUUGAAAUUUA